UUAUACUCGAUAUCUUUUCCCAAUUUAUAAUAUCCAUGAUUAUAAAUUUUGCUAUAUGGUUUUCUAAGCCUAUCGCGAAGAUUAUGAGAUCUGGUUACAUCUAACUUGGGGUCUUGGUUCACAAAUGGUAUAAACAGCUUUAAGAUCUUUCAGAUUCUGAAUAGCUUCCGAAGUUAGAAAGUCGAAACUCAUUUUAGAGGCAGAGCCUUAUGCUUUGGAAUGCAAACACAAUUAGGUGCCGUUUUUUGGCCCUGGUAUUUGAUUAAGAUCGGACUAUAAACACCGAGGUUAUGCAAGAACGCAUUUUAUCUAAGAUAAGCCUUUACGAUCAACAUGUCGAAGUUGGACUUAAAAUGUAGUUCGCUGUUCAAGUUUCACAAGUCUUCAAGCAGCUAUUAAAUAGAUUUCUUUGGUAAAUUGCCAGGAUAUAAAACAAGAUUAAAACACACACGUAAUAACAAUUGACUUCCGAAGCACUGUGCGGCGCCUGCUUGUCAUGCAGUUCGUUGGUUUUUUUUUUGGUUUUUGGAUUGGGCUAUCAAAUUAUUGACUGCUUUAUAUGCGGAACGUUGCGGGCUGGUCUAGAAUCGCCGCAACCGGGGCCACGGGGCCAACUACGAGUAUAAAAGUAAAAGCUCCAUAUAGGAACGGCAACAAAGCGUCACAACAAGUUAGACGAUCAUGGCACGUUACCAACUCAUUAGCUCCCUGCUGCUGCUGCUCCUGGCUAUUUUGCUGGCCAACACUUCAGCUGAAGCACCCCGGCGAUUGCUUGUUAAUCGUCAGCGCCAGGUGUUUGCCAGGCAGGAGGUGCAGCCCACGCCGUAUCCCUCUGCGGCCGAGCUAAAGCCGGAUGAGCCGGCGCUCAUCUACGGCCCACCUCCGUCAACGGAGCUGGAUGAAUUGCCCACCGAGCAGGAUCCAGCGUUGAAUAGCUUCCAGCCUGAUGCUGAGCCCGAAACCGAUGCCGAGGAGCUGGAUACCGAGGAGAACUCGCUCGAGGAGACCACACCGGCAGCUGUCGCUCGCCUGCGCAGCAGCCGCCAGAGAUUGGCCAAGCUGCAGCUGGCCAAGGCACAGCCAAAACGUUUGCAUCAACGUCAACGCAUUGCCCGCCUGGAGGAGUUGCCCGUAGAAGCGCCAGCAGCAGCUGUUGCGCCGGCAGCCGCCUUGCCGGCUCCACAGUUUUUCUAUCUGGGUGCCCAGCAGCCCUAUGUGGUUGCCUACAAUGCAGCUGGCCAGCAGCUGGCCUGGUAAAUCGUCUUGUGAUUGUUAGAUUGUUAUAUUGAUUGUGAUCGACUGCAUAUAAACCUAUUGUUGCGUCUAUUAAACCAAGUUAAACUAGCUGCAUAUAAAUUUACGUUUUUUUCAACAGAAGUGCUCUACUCUUUACUUUUGCAGUGCUCUUUUCAGUGCCUGGUUGACACUUUUGCUCCAGCGACGAGGUUUUUUCUUUUUCUUUUUCUUUUUGUUUUGCAAAUCAUUCGCCAUUAAGAAGCGCCCAAGAAGCUCAACGAGCCGCUGCUCUUGGCCAGAACUUUCCAUUGUUUGGAUCCAUUUUCAAACAUUGCAUUGAAGUUGUUUUUUUUUUUGUUUGUUGUGCAUUUUUCCUGCCGCUGGAUGGUUCCUUCCACAUUUCUGAACUCCUUUUCCUCAGCUUUUCCUUUGUUCUGGCUCUUUGAAUGCAUUUUUCAUGCUUUGCCUGCUUAUAAAUUGCUAUUUGUGAGUGGUUUUCUUAUUUAUGUUUUCUUUUUGCCCUUCUGAAGUAUUUAACAGGCUGCUCUCAUUACUAUGCUAGCCAGUUAGAUAAUAGCUUCAAAACUAGUAGAAAAUGCAAAGCUCGUGGAUGCAAACUGAGCUUGGUAAUAAUUAAGAAAGAAUAAUUCUAUGUUCGUAUAGGAUUUCCAUUACUUAGAUUCGCGCGGAUAGUAACAGCAACAAAAUUCGCUAGUAUGCCAAAUGGACAACAAUUUGAUAAAUAACAUACAUUUUAAAUGCUCUUCCCAGUUCAAAAAUUUGGCUA